AUGUCACUUGUGCUGAUCUGCAAAUUGCUGUCUCCCAAAGAGGGCGACAAGGCCUUCGCGCAGUUCCUGACGGAUGAGAUCAAAGAGGAGAAGAAGAUCCAGAAACACAAAUCCCUGCCCAAGGUGUCGGGGGGGUGGGAGCUGGAGGUCCACGGCACAGAGGCCAAGCUGGUGCGGAAGAUCGCCGGGGAGAAGAUAACGGUCACGUUCAACAUCAAUAACAGCAUUCCACCCUCAGCUGAUGAAGAAACACAAGAUGAUCAGAAACCUGAUGAGCAGGAGCCUGAUCUUACAUCAACUCCAAACUUCGUUGUGGAAGUAAUAAAAGAUGACACGAAACAGACCCUUGUUCUCGACUGCCAUUACCCCGAAGACGAGGUUGGACAUGAGGGAGAGGAAGAAAGUGAUAUUUUCACAAUUCGGGAGGUCAGUUUUCAGCCCACCGGAGAAUCAGAUUGGAAGGACACCAACUACACCCUCAAUACGGAUUCCCUGGACUGGGCUCUGUACGAUCACUUAAUGGAUUUCCUGGCUGAUCGAGGAGUGGACAACACAUUUGCUGAUGAGUUAAUAGAGCUCAGCACUGCACUGGAGCACCAGGAGUACAUUAAAUUCCUUGAAGACCUUAAAAGCUUUGUCAAAUGUCAGUAG